GAUGGGAAUGGGGAAUGUAUGGUAAAAUUAAUAAACUAAAUUGCGUCCCAGACCAGAGGUUUUUUAAUCUCUAACGGUCACAUUAGUAGGAAAAAAUAGUCAUUUGACGUUUGGUAUGUGUUUAAAUGUUAAUUGGGUCAAUUUCAGUUCCUCAGAAAAUCUUUUAACAGUUGCUGUUCACAAUGUCUUCAUACGAUUUGAGGUUGAAGGAUCUUGACCAAGUGUUAGAAUCAGAAGUGAUCGAUCUUUCAAAACUUAGAGAAUUCUGUUUUAACGGUAUCCCUGAUGUUAAAGGUUACAGAUCAUUAUGUUGGAGAUUAUUGCUCAAUUACUUACCAUGCGAUAGAAAUAAGUGGGAUGAACAACUAGACCAUCAUAGAAAAUUAUACCAGCAGUGGUUAGAUGAAAUAUUAGUCACUCCGGGUUCAUUUGACAAUGAAGAAUGUGAUCAUCCAUUGAGUGAGGAUCCUAACAGCAAGUGGAACACUUUUUUUAAAGAUAAUCAAGCUCUUACUCAAAUAGAUAAAGAUGUCAGGCGAUUACAUCCUGAAUUAUCUUUCUUCCAACAAGCAACUGAUUAUCCAUUAUCUAAUGUUGUAUACAGUUGUGGUACUAAAAGAUUGAACAGAAGAGUGGGUAUGCAUUUUCUCAAUAGUGCAAAUGUUGUACGCAAAGGUCUUGGUAUUGUUAAAAUAUCCCCAAAAGCUGAACAAACUAGUACUUCUGAAUUCAAACCACUAGAAGAAGGAUCUGAAGCACAUUGGGAGGUGGUGGAAAGGAUAUUGUUUGUUUAUUGCAAAUUAAAUCCUGGACAGGGUUAUGUACAAGGCAUGAAUGAAAUAAUUGGUCCAAUUUAUUAUUGUUUUGCUACUGAUCCAAUUAUUAAAAUGAAAGAGCAUGCUGAGGCUGACUGUUUUUUUGUCUUUACUAAUCUUAUGUCUGAAAUUCGUGAUUUUUUCAUAAAGACAUUAGAUGAAACAGACACUGGAAUUGUGAACAUGAUGCGUAAAGUCACAGACAGGUUGAAAGAAAAUGACCCAGUUGUUCAAAGUUAUUUAGUCAAAAAUGAAAUUUAUCCACAGUACUAUAGUUUUAGGUGGUUGACUCUGUUAUUAUCUCAAGAAUUUUCAUUGCCAGAAGUCCUAAGGAUAUGGGAUUCAUUAUUUUCUGAUUCACGGCGAUUUUCAUUUCUCAUCGAUAUAUGCUGUGCAAUGAUAGUGUAUGUUUUGUUUGGUUUAAUCAGAGAUCAAAUACUGGCUGGAGACUUUUCGACAAUUGUCAAACUUUUACAAAAUUAUCCCAAUGUUGAAACGAGUGUUAUAUUGAAUAAAGCUGCAGAACUGAGUAUUAAGAAUAGGGAUGUCAUGGUUUUCAGCGAUGAAUCGAGUGGAAUAUGAAGAUGUUUGGAUACCAGCCACCAGGUGUUUCAACCUUUAGCUCUCUGAGAAAUGAUCAAACAUUGUUUUGUGAUUUUUUUUUCAAUUUUCUCAAUAACAAUUAACAAGCUAAAUUAUAUUUAUUUAUUUUACAUUAAGCGUCAUUUAUACUAUAUAUUAUAAGGUAUCUACUACUUGUUAAUGUUAUUAUUCUAUUUUUACCACUAUAUGUCUGUAUCUACAUAUAACGUCUAUAUUAUUUUAUUUUAUAAGUGUUAUAAAAAUCAUUGUUUUUCAAUAGUUAUUAAAAAUAAUUGUACUUUUGUUCCA